ACCUCCUCUUUUUCCAUAGCUUUUCUUUGAGAAAAGCUUUAAAAAGAAAAAACAUUUACAUAAUUGCUCUUUUUGAUUUGUUAAUGGAAGCCAUUAGUGGAAACAGCUUCAAUUUAUUGCCUCCUGGUCUCAGAUUUUGCCCAACAGAUGAAGACCUUGUGCUUCACUUUCUCUAUCACAAAGCUUCUCAAAAUUUUUCCAAUUCCAUCAUUCCUCACCUUCAACUUCAUCUCUAUAACCCUUGGCAAUUUCAUGGGAAAGCACUUUCAAAUGGGGACAUUCACUACUUUUUCAGCAGAGUGGGAGAAAGUAGAGCAACAGAGAGUGGAUAUUGGAAAGAUGUUUUAAUGGAUGAACCAAUCUUGUGCAGUGCCAAUGGGAAUGAAGUUGGCAUAAAAAAGUAUCAUAUUUUCUUUGUUGGUGAAGAAGAUGAUUCAACAACAGCAGCUAUUCAAACAACUUGGGUCAUGCAAGAGUAUCAUAUUUACACCUUCCUUUUGAACACCCAUGCUCAAUCCCAAAACAACAACAAUCUAUCACAAACAAAAUCAGAGUUUGGAUUAUGGGUUCUGUGUCGAGUUUUUGAAGCAAAAGAGAAUAUAGGAAGAAGUAUGUUUAGUUAUGAGGAAGAUGAUGAUAAUGAAAGUGAACUUUCAUAUUUGGAUGAGAUGUAUUUGACAUUAGAUGAUAUUUGAAAUUUUAAUUUCCAAUCUUAAUUAAAGCUCAUUUUCCUACAUUAUUUACUUUAAUAUCUCAAAUAUCUUUGAAAAACAAAGAUAGUACAUUUUCUUUCUUUAUUAUUAUUUUUUAUUUUGGAAUAAAAUUUAAUUGGAGGAACAUUAUUAAAAAAACAAAAAUCCAAAUGCAUGGACUGGGCUCACAAGUUCUUCUAGGGCAACCCAAUUACCCAACAGUUGCGCGCACACACAUAUAUAUAUAAGAAAUACUUGAGGGGCACUUUAGGUUGUUCUUAAAUACCAUGCUUUCAUUUUUCUAUCCACUUAAAAAAAAUAUCUUUUUAAUAUUUUUUAAAAGAUAACAAUAAAAAUUAAAACGUAUAAUUUUUUUUUUUUGUUGGGUGCAACAUGGGCUGCAUAAGAGAUGAGUGUAGCCCAGUUGCACUUAAGUUUUAUCCUAUACAUAUGUAUAUAACUAUUUUUGAAAAGUUAGGGCAUUUCACAAAACUUCGUAACUUCGAAUUAUAAUUACAUUUUAUGUGUAUAUGUAGGUUACUU